UUUACCUUGUUUGCGAGCUGCAUUUUAUUUUCGUGCGUGGUUAACGCGAUUUGGCUUUUGGGGUCAUCUUGCGAUUUUUAGUAUUUUACAACAACAAAAACAGCAACAAUAAACGGCGAGAGAAUUUAUAAAUAAAUGCACAUAAAAUUAGAAACACAAUUUUACAUGCCAAGUGGAAAAAGGAAGAACAAAAAACAACAACAACAACAACAUAUAUAAAAUCGAAAGUGUUUUUGUGCGUGGCUGAUUGAAGCUAAAAAUAAAAAACAUUAAAAUAAAAAUCAAAAAAUAAGAACAAAAUAAUAAAAGAUCAUAAAAUAAAACGGAUCAAAAGGCCACAAAUAACAAUAUAAAGCGCCCACGAAACGAGGGCUGCAUUUAAAAUUAAAUAGAAAUUAGUUAACGAUAGUAAUCCGUGUCUUUAUAAAGAACAUAAUUAAAUUAAUAAAAAUGAAAAUAAAAGUGAAAUGAAUAAGCAUUUGAGUUGUAAAAGAUUCAAUAAGAAUUUAGGUUUCUCACAGAAUUAAAUGGCGGCUUUUAGUUUUCAGUUUUUAAGAUUUCGCAAAUAGUUUUCGAUCGAUUUCCGAGUACAAAAAAAAAUGAAAUAAGCUUUUUGCUCAUUAAAUUCUAUAAAUUUUGCUGCUUAAUUUCGUUUUGAUGUCUUUUGAUUGAAAAUCGAAUAUUUAUUUUACUCAUUUUUCGUUUGUUCAGAAUUUGAUGAUUCAGAUAGCAAUAUGUACGUCAUAUGCAGCCAAUUAUUGGGAACCAUAAAUUUGAUGCUAGAAAUUGUCUAUGAUGUUUAUUUUUAAAACUCGAAAUAUGCAUUUUUUCCUUUCAGAUUUUAAUUAGCCGUCAGAAAUGAUCAGAUUAUUAAAUAUUUCAUUUAUUCCUUUGCCAAAGCAUUUUAAAGCCGUUAAGAGUUUCAAAAACGUGGAACUUGUAAUCGUUGUAAAUAUAAAAAAUGGAUUUUAAUUAUCUGUAAGAAAUUAAUCGAACUAUUUAAGAAUAUAUAGGUUAGCCAUGAGCAGAUGAAGUAUGCCAGUCUUAUAAUAGUUUUUAGCGUUUCUUAUAAAGAAAUAAAUAUCAGCUGAAUCGUAGAGCUUAUGGAUAUGAAAAGUUCACCUUCUAUGGAACCGCCCUCGCGAUGCUUUUGUGUGUGUGCGUGUGCGUGUGCGUGUAUGUUUGCCAAACUAUCAAGAGCAACAAUUUGUGUUGUAUUUUUAGCUUAAUCUAGAAGAAUAUAUAUAAAAAAAAUUAUAAAAACUAUAUGCCGCGUAUCUGUGCAGAUCGUGUGUUGUAUAUAGAAAUUGAGCGGUACCUUGAGGCAACGUGAAAAAAGAAAACAUGUGUGCCUAAAAGGUGGGGCCAGCAUCAUGAGCAGCAGCAUCAAUCGCGGAGCGGAGGGUGAACAGCCCUCGCAACCGCUGCUGCCGCCGUUGCCUCAUGAGCUGACCGCCGAGUGGACAGUGCGUGCACAGCUGACAUUCGCGCGGGCGGGCGGUGAGCCAGUGCAGCGGGAGUUUAGCGCACAGGAGCCACUGCAUCCGGUGCGUGUCGUUUACAAGUUGUGCACGCCAACCGCGGAGGAGCACGAAACAGAGCCGGAGAAGGCAACGGCUGCGACAAGCUUUCGCAGCACCAAUUCCUCGGCGACAACCUAUGCGGAUUCGGCUUUUGGCAGUCCGCAGGCCUCGCGACACAUACAGCCAACGGAUGAGGCGUCGCCCGGCGGCGGGGUUACCGCUCAGAUGUGCGGCACGCGUUGCCGCAGCACCUGCAACAUUGUCGUUUCUGCCGUGGCCGAUUUUCUGCCGCAGCAGCAACAGCUGGAGGCGGCACUCAAUGAGCCCUUUGUCUAUCACAGCAAGGUGCAUGCGCAGCAGCUGCGCGAUGCCUGCUCACAGACCAGCGAUUCGGAGGAGCGACAGCGGCGUCGGCCCGCCUAUGAACAGCGACGCGCCACCACCGAGGGCCUCAUGAACUUUGCCAACAGGCGUCAUGCGGAGGAGGCGAACACCUAUGUGCCAACCUACUCGCCCACGCCCACGCCUGUUACGCCCUCGUCCACAUUCAAGUCGGCCUCGAUGUCGCGCAUACCGCCGCUGUCUCAGGCUACGUCUCAGGCGACGCCCCGACUGCCCAAUCUGGGCGAGAAAAAGCCGCGCACCGUGCACAUUGAUGUCUAUUGCACGGGCUCCGAGGAGGAUGAGGAACAGGCGGAUGCCGAGGCCUCCAGCUCCGAUUCGGACAACAACAAUGAGCAUCAUAUGUACGAACUGGACUCCAAUUCGACACCGCAAACGGUGCUGGACAACGAGCAGAUGCUGCUGCGGCAUCAGCGCAUCUCGGGCGCCGCCCUGCCACGUCGCCUGGCCCAGAAGUCGCCGCUGCCAUCCGCGAAGCAGCAGCAACAGCAGAAACUCAAUUUGGGUCAUGCGAUAACCAAGUGCAGCACCGUCGAGGAGGUCAGCGAAUCCAAGCAGCUGCUGUUCCGCAAGCACAUCGGGGAUCAGCGUGCCGCCAAGCUGGCGAAUCUGCGUCAGAAAUAUAUGCGCCAGCCGAGCGAUGAGACGCAAAGCAGCGGCGCAUAUCCCAAUUCCUCACGCUCGACCAUGGCACGGGAUGCCACGUGCAGCAGCGUGUCCAGCGUCUUGGCUGGCGACUGUGUGGACACCUCGUGGAAGGACACAGAUGAGGUGGAUACGUCCGGCCAUGCUGCAUUUGCAGCGCUCACCAAAUCGGACAGCUUUGACUAUGAGAACUCGCUGGAUCGCGUACGCAUCCGGCAAAUGGAGCGGCUCUGGUCACGGCAACACUCCGCAGAGCAACUGCCGCAGCAUCACCAACAGCAGCAGCAGCAGCAGGCGCAGGCAAUGCCGCCGGGUUCCACCUCGCCGCAUCCGCAUCCGUUGACGACCAUAACGGAGGUGCAUUCGCAGCGUGGCUCGUUCCAGCGCAGCGAUACGCUGCCCUCCGAAUCGGAUGGUUUCUCGGAGAGCAAUCUGGGCUACAAUACCUAUCCGGGCCGGCAGUUGCAGCAGCUGUCGCAUACUGCACGUAACCGACCUGGUUUUCUGCAGUUCUUUGGUCCGCCCGCAAGUCCAGAGCCGCCACAGUCAGCGCCAGUUAUAGCUGCACCUGCUGCGGCCACGGCCAUGGAUCCAUUCAGGCGCCUGCAUCCCGGCUAUCGUUGGAAGAGCGAGGCGCGCGAUAAUCUCAGCGUACAGGCGGCGCCUGGUUCGCCCUCCUCGGAGCGCAGCUCACCGCAGCUGCUUUCGACGGCCAGCACCGUGCUGCGCUGCGGCAGCGAGGCACCACCCAGCACCACAUCGGCCACCACGUUUGGGCACUCGGUGGCGCCCUCGCCACUGCCCGCGCGUCGCUUUCAGAUCUCACGCGAUAGUCCGAGCUUGGCCAGCGAGACCUCCACCGUUGUCUCUGGCUAUACGCACGAGCAUCUGGAGAAGGCGCGUCGCUUCGGCAAUGUGGUUGCCAUGCGCAAGCCGGGCCAUCACGUGGGACCCACCAAGAAUCCCAACUGCCUAUGCGACAGCUGCCAGCGCUGGCUGGCCGAACGUUUCCAGCUGCGCGGACGCGCUUUCUCUUUGGGGGAGCGCCCAAUGCUGCGACGACCGCAACCAUAGUUGGAUUAGCUUUAGGAACUAAAUGUCUAAAAGAAAACCAUGGCAGAGCCUGAAAUAUGUUAUGGAAGAUGAACAAUGCGUCCGUCCGCUUAUCAUUUAGAAAAUAAUCAAAGGAAUAGAGAAGCUCUUUAGAAGCUAUGCUUAAGUAGAUAAAGAGAAUGAAAGUUCUUCUACAACUUCAUCUUUAGAUAAUAUGAGAAUUCUCUCGACAUGCAGUAACAAGUUUCUCAAUCGAAAGACACUCGUUUUAGAGACAAAUUUAAAUAUUUUGAAUAUAUACAUAAAUAAACUUACUUUUUCACAGCUCAUUAAAAGAAAACUCUGCCUUGGUCCAUAAACUUCGGUUAUAAUCGAGUUUAGUAACUUAUUAACUUAUUAUUUCUUUUAGCUUGCAUUUAACACUCUGCAUAAGUUCUUAUGCCCCUUAAUCUACGCCACCCAAUCCGAUCGAACCCUACCUUGAAAUAGAGACUUAAGUUAAAGAUUGUUCACAAAUGUUCCUCACACAAACAUUUAUGUGCGCUGAAUCUGUUUAUAUGUUUUAUAUUAAAGUAAUAAAGAACUAAAUAAAGUAGCGUGUAAA